AUGGAUUCCAAUGCCGCUUCAACAGUCUUACUUUCAAGAGCUUUCUUUUCAGACUGCUUCUCUAAGUCUUCGUUGCAGGAAGAUAAAAGCAUCCUCGUCGACUCAGAUCCAGAAACAUUCCGGCACAUUCUCCAGUAUUUGCGGCGUGGCGUCUUCCCUCUAAUUUAUGACCAGAACAAGGGACACAACUACAAACUCUACGCCGAUAUCUUAGCCGAAGCUAAGCACUUUGGUAUUCCAAAACUGGAAUGCUGGCUUACCGAUCAGCUGUACCUGCGGUGCAUUACCAGUUCCACAGUGUGGAGUUCCGCGUACAAGAAUGAUACCAUCCAGACUGGGUUUCAGACGACGUCAAUUUGGGGGAGCGAAGUCACCUCCACACAGCUUGUGCGACAGGACGUCAACACGGUCAUUAAGCGUAGGAGCGGAACCCGUGCACGAGACGGUCGAUUCCACGAUGAUAUCGACACAUAUCGUUGGGCCGAAGUUGGCAGAUCUGUUAGAUUCAUUCAGGGAUGGUGUACCGAUACUGGAAAGGAGUUUAUGGGGCAUUGGGCGCGAGCUUCUCGGGUGGCAGUGGCACCUCAAGCAACCUCAGAGCCUCACGUUAAGGUCCAGCGAUAGAUUUAGAACGAAAUCUUGAGAUAAGAUUGGAACAUGCUGAAAGCGAAAGAAAUUGUCUCUCAAACAAAGUCCUGAUGCUACUAUCUGGACAAAAAGAGUGGAAGAGAAAAAUAUGGAAUGUAACUACAACCUCUCCAACGCACCUCGUAGCUAACAACAGACG